UCAGGGAUAGCGGAGGCUUCAGCUGUGUGUGCCAGAGAUCCGCUCCCAACUCUCCGGUCUUUACCAAUGCGAGGGAUGUUUGCAAGGCGCGCAGAGAAUCGGGUGUGCUGCUGCUGCUGCUACCACCGUGGGAAAGGGAUGUGAACUCCCUUAAAAGAAUGACUAGGAUUGCUACCAUUGCCAUUCUUUUGCAGCUGUUGCAAAAAGCCGGCGGACAGGUCUUUGCAGGCGGUUGUUCAUUUGAUGAACACUACAGUAACUGUGGUUAUAGCGUGGCACUGGGGACCAAUGGAUUUACUUGGGAGCAGAUUAAUACCUGGGAGAAACCAACGAUGGAUCCAGCCGUCCCAACUGGCUCCUUCAUGAUGGUGAAUAGCUCUGGGAGAGCGUCUGGACAAAAAGCUCAUUUGCUUUUACCAACUCUGAAGGAAAAUGAUACUCACUGCAUUGACUUUCAUUACUACUUGUCCAGCCGAGACCGCUCCAGUCCUGGAUCAUUGAACGUUUAUGUGAAAGUCAAUGGUGGACCUCAAGGCAACCCUAUCUGGAAUGUCUCUGGGAUUGUUACAGAAGGAUGGGUGAAGGCAGAACUUGCUAUCAGUACAUUCUGGCCACACUUUUAUCAGGUGAUAUUUGAAUCGGUCUCAUUGAAAGGACACCCUGGAUACAUAGCUGUGGAUGAAGUCAGAGUCCUUGCCCAUCCAUGCAGAAAAGCUCCUCACUUCCUGCGGCUUCAAAAUGUGGAGGUUAAUGUUGGACAAAAUGCAACAUUUCAGUGCAUUGCUGGAGGAAAGUGGUCGCAACAUGACAAACUGUGGCUACAGCAAUGGAACGGAAGAGAUACAGCUCUAAUGGUCACCAGAGUAGUCAACCACAGGCGUUUUUCUGCUACUGUGAGUGUAGCUGACACGUCCCAGCGCAGCAUCAGUAAAUACCGAUGUGUCAUCCGCUCAGAUGGUGGAUCAGGAGUUUCAAACUAUGCAGAAUUAAUAGUGAAAGAACCUCCCACUCCUAUUGCACCCCCAGAACUUCUAGCAGUUGGAGCCACUUAUCUGUGGAUCAAGCCAAAUGCCAACUCCAUCAUUGGAGAUGGGCCUAUCAUCCUGAAGGAGGUGGAAUACCGUACGACCAAUGGGAACUGGGCUGAAACCCAUAUUGUUGAUUCACCCAAUUACAAAUUAUGGCAUCUAGACCCAGAUGUGGAAUAUGAGAUCAGAGUACUUCUUACUCGUCCUGGAGAAGGAGGAACUGGACCUCCUGGGCCACCGCUCACAACCAGAACAAAAUGUGCAGAUCCAGUCCAUGGUCCCCAGAACGUGGAGGUUGUUGACAUCCGAUCUAGGCAGCUGACCUUGCAAUGGGAGCCCUUUGGUUACGUUGUGACUCGUUGCCACAGCUACAACCUGACAGUCCAUUACCAGUAUGUGUUCAAUCAACAGAAGUAUGAAGCGGAAGAACUAAUUCAGACAUCGUCACACUACACUUUGCGAGGACUGCGACCCUUCAUGACCAUUCGACUUAGGCUGGCUCUUUCAAAUCCAGAGGGCAAGAUGGAGAGUGAGGAGCUGGUGGUGCAAACUGAGGAGGAUGUUCCUGGAUCUGUUCCCCUUGAAUCAAUUCAGGGAGGACCCUUUGAAGAGAAGAUCUAUGUUCAGUGGAAGCCACCGAAUGAAACCAAUGGGAUAAUUACACUCUAUGAGAUUACAUACAAGGCUGUUGGAUCCCUAGAUCCCACUGCUGACCUGUCAAACCAGAGAGGAAAAGUCUUCAAACUAAGAAAUGAAACUCACCAUCUCUUUGUAGGGCUAUAUCCAGGGACUACUUACUCAUUCACCAUCAAGGCCAGCACAGUGAAAGGUUUUGGACCUCCCAUCACUACACGGAUUGCAACUAAAAUUUCAGCACCAUCAAUGCCUGAAUACGAUACAGACUCUCCUCUGAAUGAAACAGAGACCACCAUCACAGUCAUGCUGAAGCCUGCACAGUCUCGGGGAGCACCUGUCAGUGUUUAUCAGCUGGUUGUGAAAGAAGAAAGACCACAGAAAUCACGAAGGGCUGCAGACAUCAUUGAAUGCUUCUCUGUUCCAGUAAGCUACAAAAAUGCUUCAAGUCUCGACUCUCCCCAUUACUUUGCAGCUGAGUUGAAACCAGUCAAUCUUCCUGUUACUCAGCCCUUCACAGUGGGAGACAACAAAACAUACAAUGGCUAUUGGAACGCUCCACUUUCACCCCUGAAAAGCUACAGCAUUUAUUUUCAGGCUCUCAGUAAAGCAAAUGGGGAGACCAAAAUCAACUGUGUCCGGCUGGCCACAAAAGGAGCUUCUACGCAGAAUUCCAAUGCGGUGGAGCCAGAAAAGCAGGUUGACAACACUGUGAAAAUGGCGGGAGUCAUAGCAGGUCUUCUGAUGUUUGUAAUUAUCCUUUUGGGAGCAAUGCUUACAAUCAAGAGAAGAAGAAAUGCAUAUUCCUACUCCUAUUACUUGAAAUUAGCCAAGAAGCAAAAGGAGACUCAAAGCAGCACACAGAGAGAAAUGGGGCCUGUUGCUGCUUCAGACAAGACUUCUGCAAAACUCAGUGCUGUUCAUAAUGAAGAAGCUUUUACUUCGAGCUGCCAAGAUGUUAAUGGAUUCAUAUCAUCUGACACUGUUCCAUCGACCACCCUGUUAGACAAUAGCCAUGGGGAGAUGACUCAGCCGACACUGACAAUCCAGACCCAUCCCUAUCGAAGCUGCGACCCUGUGGAAAUGUCCUACCCCAGGGGACAGUUCCAGCCAGCAAUCCGAGUGGCCGACUUGUUGCAGCACAUCACUCAGAUGAAACGGGGACAGGGCUAUGGAUUUAAAGAGGAGUAUGAGGCUCUACCCGAGGGGCAGACAGCAUCUUGGGAUACAGCCAAAGAAGAUGAAAACCGCAAUAAGAAUAGAUAUGGCAACAUCAUCUCCUUCCCUUGGAGAGUAAACUUGGAGCCCUUUGUACAGCACUGCAGCAUUGUAGAUGAUCACUCCAGGGUGAGACUACAAUUGCUGGAUGGAGAUCCCCAUUCAGACUAUAUAAAUGCCAACUAUAUAGAUGGAUACCAUCGGCCUCAUCAUUACAUUGCAACUCAAGGUCCAAUGCAAGAGACAGUGAAAGAUUUUUGGAGGAUGAUCUGGCAGGAGAAUUCUGCAAGUGUUGUCAUGGUCACCAACCUGGUGGAAGUUGGCCGGGUGAAGUGUGUCAGAUACUGGCCUGAUGAUACAGAAGUCUAUGGAGAUAUCAAAGUCACCUUAAUUGAGACAGAACCAUUGGCAGAGUAUGUCAUACGCACUUUUACAGUCCAAAAGAAAGGCUACCAUGAGAUCCGAGAGAUUCGGCAGUUCCACUUCACCAGCUGGCCAGACCACGGGGUUCCUUGUUAUGCCACAGGCCUCUUGGGCUUUGUUCGACAAGUGAAGUUCCUCAAUCCACCAGAGGCAGGGCCCAUUGUGGUGCACUGCAGUGCUGGUGCUGGGAGGACAGGGUGCUUUAUUGCCAUUGACAUAAUGCUUGACAUGGCGGAGAACGAAGGUGUGGUAGACAUAUUUAACUGUGUGCGGGAGCUGCGUUCCCAGAGGGUCAACUUGGUGCAGACAGAGGAGCAAUAUGUCUUUGUUCAUGAUGCCAUCCUGGAAGCAUGCCUUUGUGGCAACACAGCCAUCCCUGUUUGUGAAUUCAGAUCCAUAUAUUACAACAUCAGCAGACUGGAUCCACAGACGAAUUCCAGCCAAAUAAAAGAUGAAUUCCAGACCCUUAAUAUAGUUACACCACGAGUACGGCCAGAAGAUUGCAGCAUUGGACUCUUGCCAAGGAACCACGACAAGAAUCGCUGCAUGGAUGUACUCCCCUUGGAUCGGUGCCUCCCCUUCCUUAUCUCCGUUGAUGGGGAAUCAAGCAACUACAUUAACGCUGCACUUAUGGAUAGCCACAAACAACCUGCUGCCUUUAUAGUCACCCAGCAUCCGUUACCCAACACUGUAGCAGAUUUCUGGAGGCUGGUGUUUGAUUACAACUGUUCCUCUAUCGUGAUGCUGAAUGAAAUGGAUGCCGCACAACUCUGUAUGCAGUACUGGCCAGAGAAAACAUCCUGUUGUUAUGGGCCAAUCCAAGUGGAAUUUGUUUCUGCUGAUAUAGAUGAAGAUAUAAUCAAUAGGAUAUUCCGGAUCUGCAACAUGGCAAGGCCCCAAGAUGGUUACCGUAUCGUACAGCACUUGCAGUAUAUUGGCUGGCCAGCAUACAGAGACAUACCUCCUUCCAAGCGUUCUCUCUUGAAGGUGGUCAGACGGCUGGAGAAGUGGCAGGAGCAGUAUGAUGGGCGAGAUGGACGCACUGUGGUCCAUUGCCUGAAUGGUGGUGGCCGCAGCGGCACCUUCUGCGCCAUAUGCAGUGUGUGUGAAAUGAUCCAGCAGCAAAACAUCAUUGAUGUGUUCCACAUAGUGAAAACCUUACGGAACAACAAAUCCAACAUGGUGGAAACACUGGAACAAUAUAAAUUUGUAUAUGAGGUUGCCCUGGAAUACUUGAGUUCAUUUUAGCCCCUGAGGGCAGGGAGCCUGCUGAAUUCCAAAAGCCUUGAUGUUUGAAGAACACUGGUUCCCCCCCUUACUUCAAAGGAGUCAUGGGGUGAAGAGCGUAAAGCUCUUCACCCUUGAGAGAGCCCCCAGGUCAGAUCUCAGUGCCAUUGGAAGAAGGAGAGAUCUGCUGCCGUCUGCUUUCAGGAACAUCUCUCACUUUUUAAACAACCUACUGUACAAAAUGGGAAAGCAGGAGGCAGGCUGGAAGACUCUGCCUUCUAAUCCCUUCUGACUGCUUUUCUCUGCCAUUUUGGAUGUGUAUUUUUGUUCCUCCUUGACACCAAUGGGGAGAAAAUACUGGGGAUAAUUCAUCGUCUUUCAGCUCCUCAUUCUGUUUCCCCACAAAUCUUCACUUUAUGUUUUUAAUUUCAUCUAUCAGCCAUUUGGCAAGGGAGGAAAGCUUCAGCAGACACACAUUAAGGCUUUCAGCACAGUAAGCCUUUGUGAUCACUUUUUCAAAUGAAAAGGCCACCGUCACGAAGCUGUAAUUUUUCUGUCUGCUCCCAUUGUCUUUGAAGCAGGCCAUGGGAUCAAGAAGCUUCUGGCUAAUUUGCUGCCUUGGUUGUUACACAGUGCUACUAGAUUUCCAA